GACCCCGCAUCUUAUUAGGGACCAGCGAGAUUUCUCCAUUUUCCAGCUCGUCUGCGGCAACACAGUAACAAACUGGGAUUUUUAUCACUUCUCUGCACUUGGCGGUAUUCUCUGCGAAUUGUUAACAAUUCAUCGCCGCCAUUUGGACUGCUUCGCUUUUCUUCUUGCAUUUUACUUUCCUGAGGGGAAUAUCGGCAGAGCUCCACCGAGAAGAUCCGCUCAGUCUUUGUUCCUCCGUGGAUCGCUCAGCUCUUUGUUGAGGACAGCAUGGGAGCGGCUCUCUCCAGGGCGGCGGCGAAGGCAGAGAAGCCGGGAGACGCAGCAGUGUCUCCGGCCAAAGCCAACGGACAGGAAAACGGCCAUGUGAAGGCGAACGGGGACUCCUCCCCAGCAGAGGAGCUGCAGGCCAACGGUAAAGCGGCGGUCGAGGAGGUCCAGAAGGAGGAGGAGGUGACGGCCGAGGUGGCGGCUGCUGCCGAGGCGGCGCCGGCCGCUAACGGCGACAAGGUGGAGGGCGAGGCGGCGGAGGGCGAGGCGGAGGUGAAGGCCGACGAGGCGGCCGCCACGCCCUCCUCCAGCACCGAGACCCCCAAGAAGAAGAAGAAGAGGUUCUCCUUCAAGAAGUCCUUCAAGCUGAGCGGCUUCUCCUUGAGGAAGACCAAGAAGGAGACGGGAGAAGGAGGCGAGGAGGAGGCGGCGGGCGAGGAGGAGGCCAAGAAGGAGGCCGCGGACGGGGGCGAGGAGGCCGCGGACGGGGGCGAGGAGGCCAAGCCCGCCGAGGGAGAGGCCGCGGCCUCCUCCGCCGUGGACGGAGGAGAGAAGGUGGAGGAGGAGAAGGCCGCCGGCCCCGCUGAGGCUAAACCCGAAGAGGCUGCGGAGAAGCCGGCGGAGGAGGCCAAAGUGGUGGUGGAGGAGGAGGAGGCCCAGAAGGUGGAGGCUGCCCCUGCAGAGGUGGAGGCCCAGAAGGUGGAGGCCCAGACAGAGGCGGUGGCGUCGGAGGCGGCGGCGGCGGAGGAGUAAACCCCGGCUACCGGACGACGAACCACAACGACGAUGGAAGAAGGGAGACGAAGAAGAGAUAAUCAAAGAACAUUCCCCUGUUGGGGUGACGGGCGACGCCAUCUUGGCUGAGGAGGACUUGUCGACCACCAGGGAUACUUUAAAGCUUUUCUUUCCUUUUCUUUAAGGCCCCAUCCCCUUCCCCCCCCC